AUGGAGCGCAUUGUAGUCGACCAACAAAGAUUGUCACUACCCAGUUCGAACGGCAACAGACAGUCCAGCUCGCAAUUGAGUGAUCUGGCGGAGUGCCCGGUGUGCAACACGAACUUGGCAGAUCUGGGUCCUGCUUCCGAGCAGGAAGCACACGUCAAAAAUUGUUUGGAAGGGGGCAGCGGGACUUCCCCUCAACUGGCUAAGUAUCUUGUGUACAAACUUCCCGCACAAAGCACCCUGAUUGGGAUUGAAUGUGCGAUAUGCUUGGAAGAGUUCCUCGUAGGUUCCACUGUGGCUCGGUUGAGUUGCCUUUGCACGUUCCACAACGCUUGUCUCUCGUCAUGGCUGCAGCGUGGAAGAAGCUGCCCCGUGCAUGCUCGCUAG